AUGCCUUCCUCCAGCCAAAAGCCAGACCUCCCGUCCUCCCUUUCCAAGCUGUCAAUAGACAGCUCCAACAAGAAGCCCGCCGCCAAGAAGAUUAAGGAGCCGGUGGCGGAUUCCUGGGAAGAUGAGGACGUGGACGAUGAGGAGGAGGGCGGCAACGACGACGACAAAGGAGAGCGGGAGGGGACGGCGACGCCCCAGGCCGACGGCUCCAAGGCCCCGCCGCCGACCCCCAUCUCCCCGACGUACAGCGCGGCAGACCGGUCAUUCUCUCCGUACGCCGCCGCCGACCCCUCCGCCCCCUCCGCCUCUUCCUCUCCGGCGGCCAGCAGCGGCAGCAGCGGCGCCCGCAGACCGGAGAAGACGGACGCCGUGGCGCGGCGCAUGAUCGCCAGCGCCCUCGGCGUCAAGGUGCCCCGUAUGACGGAGGAGCAACGGGCCUACGACAGGGCCGUCAAGGAAAAGGAGCGCAAGCGCCGGGAGGAGGAGAAGGCUGCCGACAAGAGGCGGCUGGAGGCCGCCGAGAAGGCCAAGGCCGCCAUCUGGGAGGACUAG